CUUUCCCCCACAACCAUCUCCCUACCCUCCCUUCCUUCCAGUUACUCCAGCCCGGCGGCUGUUGAUUUUCCUACUCGAUAACCAUGCGCAUCCAGCCCUUGUUCACCACUACCUUCCUAUUCUCCACCUUCCUCACCUCCUACGCUGCGCUCUUCACCAUCCAGGACCUCAUGAAGCACAGCGGCCUCACCACUCCUGGUCCCUCGGAGUACAACGAGGAAGGCUACAAGAUCCUCAACAAACUCCGAAAGAUGCUUCCUACCAAGACAAAGUCCAGGCCUCAAAUGCGGAUGACCAACGCCGAGAGGCUGAGGAAAAAGCUGCCCCUGAACCCACCCGUCCGAAGGGAUGGUUCCAGAAGGGUUGCGCCUCGACAGGCCUCCCCGCUCCCGCCUGUCGUCACGGAAGGAGGCGCUGGUGUCUUUGACGAGAACGGCGAUCUCAUCGGCUACGUCUCGGCUAGUUUGUCGCCUAGCGGGCAGAUGGUCAUGACCACCGAUGAAAACGACGUUCUUAGUUUCGUUACUGCGUACCAGCCUCCCGUUGCUGGUGUGUCUGAUUUUGCGCGGAUUACGAUGGCGAAUCCCGAUUUCCCUAUCGUUGGGGCUAUCCAAGGACGAGACAACUCUGACGCGUCGAUUGGGCCUGGCUCUCCCAACUAUCUAUACGUCGGCGGUGUCGAGCUACCUGGAACUGUGCCUGAAUCCCCUGGCGAAGAGAUUGGCAAUACGUACACGGACGCGACUGGUAUCGAUCGCCUUGUCCAAACUGAUAUCUGGCAAGUUCAAACUGCUACGGGGAUGGUUAUGGCGCGAUGGGUGAAUCCUGAUGGGUCCAUCGUCAACGCCAAUGCCUACAUGCAAGGAAAUAACAUCUACCUCCUUGGCGACCCCGAUGCGUUCCAGGCUGUGUAUCCUGAUCCUAUUGAACCCAUCUCCAUUCGUGUGCUCCAAGUUUAG